AUGUGCAAGAACAACCCCAGGAUGAAAAAAGGGAAAAUCAAAGCUGUCACGGAUAUAUUUCUCGCGGAAGAGAGAGACGGCAGGUUUGUGCUUUGCCCGAUUUUAGGACAGGACGUUCAACUGCAAGUUGAUACCGGAUCUAGACAUACACUUCUAAAUCACCAGUCAUGGAUAAAGCUUGGGAAGCCGAAGCUUAGUCCACCUUCGUAUAACUUGCAAGGUUUCAACAAAAAUCCAAUUGCUCUCAAGGGUCAAGGGCAGGUAGAAGUUGCAUACCAAAAUCGAACCCAUCACCUGGAGAUUGUGGUUACUGAGUCUCUCCACAGAAAUCUUCUUGGCAGAGAAUGGAUUGAGAAGUUGGGAGUUGAUCUUAACAAGCUGUUUGUGGGAGCUCUGAAUACCGUACCCUCUUCUCUGACUAAUACCUUAGAGACUCUUAGGGAAUUGUUCAAGAAAGGCUUGGGCAGAUGCCAAAAGGUCAAAGUGCACGUUCAACUCAAAGAUGGCGCGUCCCCGAAGUUUUUCAAACCAAGGCCCAUUCCGUUCGCAUUAAGUUCCUUGGUUGAAAACGACUUGGAGAGACAGUGCAAAAAUGGAGUUCUGACACCGGUAGAUUAUUCAGAUUGGGCGACACCAAUUGUAGUUGUACCUAAACCUAACGGCGCAGUGCGCGUUUGUGGCGAUUUUAGUGUAGCGAUAAACCCCCAACUGGAUAUCACACAGUAUCCGCUCCCUAGACCAGAAGAACUUUUCGCUAAGCUCAAUGGAGGCCAAAAGUUCUCAAAACUCGAUCUUUCGGAAGCCUACCUACAAAUGGAGCUAGACGAAGAAGCGAAGAAGCUACUAGUCAUCAAUACACAUAAGGGCUUAUUUCAGUUUAACCGAAUGCCUUUCGGGAUCGCUUCGGCACCGGCAACCUUUCAACGCACCAUGGAGCAAGUCACAACAGGGAUAGAUCAUGUAGCCUGCUAUCUAGACGACAUUAUUGCGCCGGGCUGCGAUGAUGACGAACAUAAAAAACAUCUCGAAGCUGCGUUCAAAAGGCUCAAGGAAUAUGGUUUUGUAUUGAAAGAGUAA